AUGGCAGCCCGGGGGAUGGCGAGCGGGAGGGCGUGCAGCCUGGCUGGGGAGGUAGCGGGUAGAGAUUUGUAUAGGAGCGCGAGAGUGGCGCAGGCGGCCAGGUGCAAUGACGCAAUGGCCGCGCGGCAGAGGGAGGCAGCGGCGGCGGGCGGCGAUGAUGCGGCCGGGUUGUCCUCGAGGGCAGCGAUUCUGGGCAGCGGCGCCCUGGCCGCCGCGGCGAUCGGAUUCAUCCCUCCGGCUGUGGCCAUCGAGGGGAUCGACUUCUCGCCCGAGUCGCUGGCCGGGAUCGACAUUCCCGGCCUGAUCGCGGCCAACCCCAACGGCGCGGGAAUUGCAAUCAUUGCCGGCCUGUUGGGCCUGAAGCUGGUGGCAAUCGCGGCGCAGGGGGUGGGUGGGCGCGCCAAGGCAGUGCGGCCAUCCGCGCUGGCCCAGAUCGUCAAAUCGUCCCCGCGCGUCGCGGUGGUCGACAUGCGACCCAGGGCCGGGAGGUCCGGCGGGCCGGACUGGGGCAGGUACGGCAAGCGGGCCGCAUCGAUUCCGUACUCACCCGCCAAGGGGAAUGGCGUGGACUCGAAUUUUGGGCGGAGGGUGGCGCGGCUGCGUGGCGUGGGGAACGGCGCCAUGGUGGUGCUGGUCGACGCGGACGGCACCUUGGCACCAUCGGCCGCCAGGGAGGUCCUCAAGCUGCCCGGGAUCGGCUCCGUCCGCUACAUCAAGGGGGGAGCGGAGGGCUGGAAGGCGUCGGGCAUGCCGUGGCGCUCUGGCCUGGCCCUCCCGUCCAUCACCCUGCCUUCUGUGAGCGUGGACGGAAUCGCGGAGUCCUACCGCGCCAACCCCGGCGCCUACAACCUGGGCCUCGGCGCCGGCGUGGCGGCCAUCUCCACCGCGCUGCUCAUCAGCGAGCUGGAUGCCCUGCUGGAGGUCGUGGGCCUGAUCGGCUUCGCGCAGCUCUUCCUGCGCAACAUGGUGUUCGCCGAGGACCGCAAGCAGGCGAUGGGCAAGCUGCGCGAGAUCAGGGAUGAGAAGAUCGCCGUGGGCAGCGCAGGGCAGGAUCUGAGGCGGCUGGCCAGCGCCGUGCUGGACGGAAAGAAGGGGCGGCCGUAUGCGCAGGCGGGUGCUGCGGUGGACGGGGUCAAAGGGUCCGACGAUGCCCCAGGGGUCAGUUCGGUGACAGAUGCCAGUACUUCGGCAGCGGGUAGCGCGCAGUGA